AUGUGGAUGCAAGAAUUGGAGAAGAUAUUGGCGGUAUUGAACUGCUCCGAGGAGCAGAAGAUUCUUUUCGCCACCUUCAAACUAGGCGGAGAAGCUGAACAGUGGUGGCAUGCAAUGAAGCUGUUGGAGGAACAACAAGUGGUACCUAAAGUGAUGACUUGGGAUCAUUUCAAGCAGGUCUUCUAUGACCAAUACUUUCCUGCUACCACUAGAAAUCUGAAGGCAAAGAAAUUUUUCAGCUUGGCUCUAGGGUGCCUUACUGUUCAACGGUAUGCUGCUAAAUUUAUGAAACUAUCUUGGUUUGCACCUUCUAUGGUUCCAGAUGAAUACCAAAAUGCGAGGUGGUUUGAAAGGGACCUGAAUCAGAGGAUUCAUGAGCAUAUGGCAUGUUUACAAAUUUAG